GGGUCUGGCGGGCAGGGGGCGGAGCCAGAGUGGCCGGGGCCCGGCGCCCCGCUUGCUUGCUAGGCACAGGGGAAGCGGUGUUUUGUUGUCCCGCCGCAUUCGCCUGCCAGCUCCUGAUUCGAGUGCGCUCUGCCGUUUGAGAAGGUCCGUCGCUCAACCCGCAGAUCUGUCAGGAUGUUGCGCUUUCGUCUUUUCCCUGCUGUGGCAAGUUUAGCUGCCAUUUCUAGACGAUACUAUGGAACAGCCCAUUCUAUUCGUGGUCGGCGCAGGCUGAUGAUGGUGGCUUUUGUGGGGACAACAGCAGUAUCGGCAAGUGCUGGGCUCCUGUGGAAGAGAGCCCGUGCAGACGCACCAUCAUCUGUGAAAAAUGAUAUAGGAACAGAGCCUGGUGAGAAAGUGAAGAACAGAGAAGAUGCAGAGAAUGAAGAGUGUGAUGAAAGGAAGGCUGUAGAGGCCGGUGAUGAAUAUGCUCAGGCAGAAGGAAAGAAAAAGAAGCGUUCUGGAUUUCGAGACCGCAAGGUGAUGGAGUAUGAAAACAGGAUCCGAGCCUACUCCACUCCAGACAAAAUCUUCCGAUAUUUUGCCACCUUGAAAGUAAUAAAUGAGCAUGGAGAGUCAGAAGUGUUUAUGACCCCACAAGACUUUGUGCGAUCCAUAACGCCAAAUGAAAAGCAACCAGAAAAUCUGGGCCUUGAUCAAUUUGUGGUGAAACGCUACGAUGGGAAGAGAAUAUCCCAGGAAAGAGAGAAGUUUGCAGAUGAAGACAGCAUUUUUUAUGCACUUGGAGAAUGUGGUUUGAUCUCCUUUUCUGACUAUAUCUUCCUCACUACGGUCCUUUCCACUCCUCAGAGGAACUUUGAAAUUGCCUUCAAGAUGUUUGAUCUGAAUGGUGAUGGAGAAGUGGAUAUGGAAGAGUUUGAACAGGUUCAGAGCAUAAUUCGUUCCCAGACAAGCAUGGGCAUGCGUCAUAGGGACCGUUCAACUACAGGGAACACCUUGAAGACAGGCUUCAACUCUGCGUUGACCACCUACUUUUUUGGGUCUGAUUUGAAGGGGAAAUUGACCAUUUCUCACUUCUUGGAAUUCCAGCGCAAACUUCAACAUGACAUUCUGAAACUUGAGUUUGAAAGGCAUGAUCCUGUAAAUGGACGGAUCACAGAGCGGCAGUUUGGCAGCAUGCUGCUGGCUUACAGUGGAGUGCAGUCUAAAAAACUUACCCUCAUGCUGAAACAACUCAAGAAGCAUUUCCAGGAUGGAGAGGGGCUGACAUUUGAGGAGGUAGAGAAUUUCUUCACUUUUCUGAAAAAUAUAAAUGAUGUGGACACAGCUUUAAGUUUUUAUCACAUGGCUGGUGCAUCUCUUGAUAAAGAUACUAUGCAGCAGGUAGCCAAGACAGUGGCAAAAGUGGAACUUUCAGAUCAUGUAUGUGAUGUUGUAUUUGCUCUCUUUGACUGUGAUGGGAAUGGAGAGCUGAGCAACAAGGAGUUUGUUGCUAUUAUGAAGCAGCGACUUAUGAGGGGCUUGGAGAAACCUAAGGACAUGGGGUUUACACGGCUUAUGAGGGCCAUGUGGAAAUGUGCACAGGAGACUGCUUGGGAUUUUGCCAUGCCGAAACAAUAACUGCAGAGCAGGAGAGAAGACCUGGCUGCAACAGGCAGAUGAGGAUUGUGAAUUCUGCUGUGCUGCCUCUGCAUGAUAAGUGGCUAUCAUGUUAGAUGCUCCAUGAAUGAAGGCUUACACCAACGAAAUGACACCAUUCCAUGGUUGUACUAGAAAAAAUAAAACCUGAAAGGCAAAGACUGUUAACAACUGCAAUUUUUCCUUAAAGAUACUUAAUUUUGAGCUCACUCUGACCUUGGCUUUUAUCUCAACAACUGUUCCUCCUUCUCUUGCCCAUUUUCUUCUUAAUAUCUAUUUUUCCAGAAGUAAAAUAGACAGACCACCAGAAAAAUUAUCUUUGGAUAUUCCAGAUGCUUCCUUUUAAUCUGUCUAUCCGUUUCAAGGCAAAAUAUGACCAAGUAUGGGGUGGUGGUGAGUGUGAAAGAAUUAGCUAUGACAGUCCUGUUUUAUCAUGAAUAUCUGCCUUUCCUCAGCAGUAGUGGUCUGGACUAUAGGAGAAGAGUCUGAAUAUUCAAGAGUGGGGUGGUGGUGGUGGUCUUGUGUAACUUUUAAAAUAAAUUGCUACUUUCUCCCAUCGCCCUUCCUCAAAACUCUUGACUUGUAUGAGCAACCCAAUGUGUAUGUUCUCAUCUGUAAUUUUCCCCUUAGUGAGGGCAUUUGCUCACCAUGACUUGUUCUCCAUUAAGUCUUAAAGCUCUUCUUUACAGAGCUCUUAAGUGCUUGUAAAAUAUUACUACUUGUAAAAUAUAAUUACAUGUAAUUAUAAUGGUUCCCAACAAAA